UUUCAAACCAAGAUUCUACACCACAUUUUCUCACGACAGAAACUGCCCCAAAUGCCCUCCCUUUUCUCCCUCACCAUGGCAUCGCGGCGAGUGAGUUAUGGCGAUGAGGAGCGUUCCUCGUCGUCUUUCCUUCUUGACGAUUACUCUCAUCGAUAAUCAUCGCUCUCCACAUCGAGCACCAUCAAUUCAUCCCAUCUUUUGGCUUCGAGGACCUCUAGGACCUGUCUUAGAUACCUACUACAAGUAGGAUACACGGAAUCAAGCUUGCAGAGCUCCCACACUCGCUGGUGUGUCAGAAUUAAAUAUACCUUAAAUUCUCAUUCAACUCAAGAAAACCAUCCAAAAGCUCUUGAAAGUCCAGAAUCAUGUCGGACAACGGAGCAACUGAUUUCGAGGACAUUCCCUUGAGCGACUAUCCUGUUACUGGCACGACUGGUGACAUGGUUGCAGACGAUAUUGACAUCACUGUCCAAGCUAUUCAGGAUGCCUUCGGUGGUGAUGGAGAAAACAAUGGGAAUGUUGCAGCGGGAGCUGAGGACAUUGACUCUGCGGAUGACAAUGCUCCAGCUGGUAAUCCAGAAGUCGACGAGAAUGCUACCAACCAAGGCGGUCAACCCAACUCUACAGCAGAUGCAAAUUUGCCGAACAACAACGCUGAGCCCGGUGGAGCUGAAAACAAUCUCCCUGCCGCGGACGGCCCUCAAGGAGAGCAAGCGGGAGCGCAAGAAGGAGACAACCAAGGAGAUCAGCUCAAUGCUCCAGCAGGCGCACCUUUGAACAACACUAAUGACCUAGAAGUUGGCCAUGGCGCCCGCAAUGUUGCCCAUGCUUGGCCUCAGCCUGGACGUGGCAUGAAAUACUUUCUCCAUGCUAAUAUCCUCUGCAUGGUCUUCUCUAUUGUCGUCGUCUACUUGUCUGACCCGCAAUACAACGCUGAUCUCGCUAAGAACAAGUCAAAUGGGUUGUUCCUUGGUCUGCCAGAGCGUGCAUUGCGUGCUCUCAAUUGGAGCAUGAUUGCCUUCUGGGCUGCAUGUUUCGUCGUUCAUGCCUUCCGUGGAGAAUGGAGCAAUCUCGAACACUUCAAGAAGCAAUGUCUGCGCCUCAUCUGUCUGGGUCUUGGAGUCGCUGCUUUGUUCUUGAAGUGGAUUGAACCAGAGCAUGUCAAUCUCUCGUACGCUCCUGGUGUCGUCACUAUCGCUGUCGAGAUCACCUAUCUUGGCAUUGAUGUGAUUACGGAUGCCGUCUGCUUCUUCUUCGAAACAGCGGUUCCGUGGUUGGCAACGAUUGGGAAACCAGUGGUCUCCUUCACUGCAGCUUUGGUUAUGGUCAUCGUUGUUUGGGCUCUGUAUCGUGGACAGAAGUAAUCCCUCAAAGAUCUCCGACACUGAAAAGGACAUUUUGAUACUGCUGACAUUGGCUCAAUGGCAAAGAUGGUGAUGGAUAGGAUCGACUGGAACAUGGUGUAUGAGUACGAAAACGAUCUCGGGUGAUAGAGUAGCGGGUUUGGUCAAUGAAAAGGGAGAGUGCAUUCAGGGGAAAGAUAAAGGCUAAGCGAGGAUUUGCAACUGAUUUCAUUCACCCAUGAUUCCCAUCUGUGCAUCAUCUUUGAGGGUUAUUUCCAUGUACAUAUACUACUACCUCCUUUUGAGAUACAAGAACGAACAACGCAAUGGCACCAAUUGGUGUGAUACCUGAUCAAUCGAAGUAAAUU